GCACUGAUAUAAUAAAUAAAAAUACAUGGUCACUUAACAAGGACAUUAUUGACUCAAAUAUUAAUGCAUUUAAUAAAUUCAUAGCUCAACACAAUUCCGAAGAUUAUUUGUUUUUUAAAAACAUUAUAACAUAUAAAUUAAAAUGGACAAAAUAAGCAAUGUAAAUCUAGUCUCACCACAACAUACAAAUAUAAAACCGGCAACAAGUACAGGUGCCAUCCCUAAGAGGGUGUCGAGUAGUAUAUCACGUAAUACUGAGUCUAAUGUCUCGAUCGGAUAUAUAAGUAGUAUUCGCGAGAAGUUUGAAAAGUUGUCACAAAAUACAAAUCACGGAUGAACGUACUAUAAUUAAAAUAUUAAUUAUAAUUUAGCUUGC